AAGUCUGACAGCUGGGCCGCAAGAUCAUAACAUAAAUAUUACCACGCUUUCCAGCGGGGGGAUGAUGUGCAACUAGGAAAACCGGGAAAAGUGUCGCGCAAUAGGAAAAACAUCCCCAGCAUCCAACAUGCACCGAACAACGAUUGCAAAAUAUACCAAGUUUUCCGCCGAGGAGCUGCAGAAAUCGACCGCCGAUCCGCUGUCCUGCGUGGCCGCGGUGCAGCUGAACGAGAUCCUGAGCUUGCGGCCGCGUGAUUGCGAGCACAUCGUCAAAGGUGUGAAGCGCUGCGUGACGGACAAGAUCGGCCGGUACCACGCGAAGCUGAACGGGAUCGUGCUCGGCUAUGCGAAGAUACGCGUCGACAAUGCGCUGUCCGCGCUGCGGCUGGACAGCCCGUACCUGCACGUGCGUACCACGAUCGAUUACUACGUGUUUCAGCCCCGCAUCGGUUCGACCUUGCGGGGUACGGUGAACUACGUCUCGAAGAAUUUUGUCAGCGCCGUCAUCUACCGGGUGUUCAACGUGACGGUCAAGCUGGGCCAACAAACCGCCAGGCUCCAUGCGCUCAAGAACGGGUCGGACAUUUCGUUCACCGUGAACUCGUGCGACAUGAAAAGCGAACUACCCGUCAUCGAGGGUGAGCUGGUGCUGAACGGAGUCAUUCCGGUCCGCAUCAAGACGGAACCGGGCGAACAGAAUGGAGACUGCGACGAGGUAGAGGAAAUCGCAAUGGAGACAGACACCAUCGUCAAGCAGGAACCGAAAACACACAAAAAGAAAGCGUCGAAAAAGAGCAAGGAGGUACCGGAAGCGGUAUCGAGGGCAGCAGCACCACCGGCAACGAACGGUGUUACUGCUGGCAUGCCAGUCAUGGACGAUUCAAGCAGCAGCGAAUCGGAAAACGAUGAACGAAGUCUUCUCAUCAAGUCGCUGCUCGGCGAAAUGUUUGGCGACGAGUUUACGGAGAGCACAAAUAGCAGCAAAAAGGACAAAAAGAAGAAGGAUAAGAAAGAGAAGAAGGAAAAGAAAAAGUCACCUCAGAAAUCGACCGGUGGACCGGUGGAAACGGUGCGAAUCAAGCAGGAAGUAUUAUCGUCCGACGACGACGAACCUUCCGCCGUGGUGGAGCAGCAGCCCACCGCCAGCACCCAAGGCAAGGCCAAGUCGAAGAAGAACGGCACGAAUGGUGUCCACCUCAAUGGUAGUGCGGCAACUCCGGCUUCAGCCGAUGCGGCCAAUGGUGAAACGACGACGACGACGUCGGCGAAAAAGCGCAAAAUCCGGUUCGAUCUUAACGAUACGGUAGUGCACAUCAAAACGGAACCCACUGAAAGUAGCAAAAAAAAGAAGAAAAACGCUGAAUAAAUAAUAGAACGUAA